AUGGCUUUUAGAAGAAGGCAAAUAAUCACCAGGACGUCUACGUGCAAGGACGAUGAUGACGAUGAUGAUCCUACCUCCUCUUCCUCCUCCUCCUCAUCUCUCGCGGCUCAGGCCUUCAUAGCGGCUCGCUCUGAUUCUUCUUAUUCUCCUCGAUCACCUCAGGGGCCUACCUAUGAUUAUAGAUCAUUAAAAACUACAAAUGAUCAAGCAGGAGGGUUCUGGAAUGUUCUUGCAAGGACAGCUAAAUCAGUUCUUGAAGAAGAUACCAGUCCUAGACACUAUUCGAGGCCUAAUCAGAUGGCAUAUAACUCUACUUACUUGACAAAUGACCAGUAUUAUCAUUCACGUCUAUCAAAUGAGAGGUCGAAACCAGUGGACAAUCCUUCUCUUCGGAAAGGCUUAGAUGCACUGACAUCCUCAUUUAAUCAAUUUAGUGGUACCACUGGAAAUGCCUUGGAGGAAGGUCGAAGUAAGGUGGAAAAGAAGUCUCCAGAUAUUCUUCAACAAUCACGGAGUAUGCAAAUUAGGAGAAAAGGAAGCGAUUUAGAGGGAAAUAGUCAGGCAUCAGGCAUACCUAAGCAGGAACCACUGAUAAACUCUGCACAACCACGGGUGCAGUCAAAUCAACAAACUCAAAUCAAGGCAUCUCGCGAUGUGGCAAUGGCAACAGCUGCAAAGGCAAAACUACUACUUAGGGAGCUGAAAAAUGUCAAAUCAGAUCUAGCUUUCUCUAAGCAACGGUGUGCUCAACUAGAAGAAGAAAAUAAAAUGCUAAGAGAGGCUUUUGACAAGGGUGAUCACCCUGCUGACGAUGACAUGAUUCGUCUUCAACUUGAGACACUUUUGGCAGAAAAGGCUCGUCUGGCCCAUGAAAAUUCUCUUUAUGCUCGUGAGAAUCGCUUCUUGAGGGAAGUUGUUGAAUUUCACCAACUAACAAUGCAGGAUUUUGUGUAUCUGGAUGAAGGCGUUGAAGAGGUUUACCCCGUACCUGGUAUCUCUAGAAGGCCUUCUCUUUCCCCACCAUCACAUCGAUCCCCAACACCUGAGAGAUCACCAUCCAGAACCUCUAUGGUUUCCAAUAAAAGCUCCCUUGGUCCUUUACAGUUGCAAGCAGUAACAGAAGUAGUAGGGAAUGAAGCCCCUCUAGAUUCCACUAGUCCAGUUUCUUCUCCAGAAACUGCAACAGCAAAACCAAAUACUUAUUCUACCUAAUUUUAAUUAUCCUUGUAGUAUUACGAGUUAUAUAGUUUAGUUUAUUUCUUAGGGAUGGAGCAUGCUUGACAGUUGCACUGGUAUUUACCUUCCUUUUAGCAAAUUCUGUGCAUGAUUGUUUGUUAACCUUCUGGUCAAUUCUUGAAGUAAAAGAAGAGCUGCUCUUUCUCCG